AUGGGCAGUGGAAGAUUGAUUGAUGUUACUGGAGCCAUCGGUACGACCUAUUUGGGUCUUCCUAGGAGUGCACUAGUGAGCAAUGCGGUUUCAGGGGACGGUUGGAGUCUUAGAAACAAGCGCAGCAGAAGGUUUCAGAGUUUAAACACUCAAAUUCUCGCGGAGCCACUUCCAGAUACUAGUAGGGGGACUGAUCUGAUACUUUGGAGGCAUAAGGAGGAUGGUUUCAGGGAUAUGUUCCCAACGGCUAACACUUGGAACCAGAUUAGACCCAAGAAAGCAAAGGUUGAUUGGAGUAAGGUGGUUUGGUUCACGCAAAGCAUUCCUAGGUAUUCAUUCAUUACGUGGCUAGCAGUGCUCAACAGGCUUGCUACAGGAGACAUAGGGCUUGGGGAAUCACACAAAGCUGUGGACUGUGUGGAGAAAGAGAUGAGACUCGAGAUCACUUGUUCUUUGAUUGUCCAUAUUCUUACACGGUAUGGGAAAGGUUAG